CCAGGACCACAACGAUGAGCUGCUGUGGGAGGAAAUCUGUACUCUACUUUCCAGCCGUGUGCAUAUCUGUGGGUGCAAGAUGCUUAUCUUGCAAGUGGCCUGUGUCGGUGGGCUUAAAAAGGACUUGAAACAGAGAUACACGCAUCACAUUUGUCUCAGCCAGAUGCACGCCAUGACUAGUCUCGCCUUCGUCUCGCUUCUCCUCGUAGCCGUGAUGAUGUCCACAGCCUCGGCUCAAGGUGGGAUAGGCAGUUGUUGUCGACAACACACAAAUACUCAAAUCCACCGAGACAACCUGAGGAGCUAUUACAAACAAUCAAAAUCGUCGUGCCCCAUAAAUGCAGUGGUAUUUACAACGCUGAAAAACAUCAGGAUCUGCUCGAACCCGAAGACCAUGUGGACCCAGACCAGCAUGGCCUACCUGGACGGAAAAAACUGGCAAAUCCAACAAAUGAUCUCACGCAAACAGCGUCGCUAACACAAUAAGACAGCAACGUUGAAAUGAAUACU